CCAAAAACCGUAUUAAAAUCAAUGCAGCGUUCAACCACAAAUGAAAAAUAAGACAAUCCCCAAUCCCCAGUCAUAAAACUCCCAUAUCUCCUCUCCAAAUCGCCAAACCAAAUCAGAUCACACGACAAAUGGCAGCCAAACACAUCUUAUCCAGCUUAGUCUUCCUCCUCUGCUUCUCCAUUUUUGCUCUAUCUGCCACCGCUGAUGAUAAUGAAUGUGUAUACACAGUAUAUGUAAGAACAAGCAAAGCAAUCAGUGGAGGAACAGACGCCAAAAUCAGCGUAGCAUUUUACGAUAGUACAGGCUACGGCGUACUUGUAAAAGAUCUAGAAGCCUGGGGUGGGUUGAUGGGUAAGGACCACGAUUACUACGAGCGAGGUAACCUCGACAUCUUCUCGGGCCGUGGGCCGUGCCUGGACAAGCCCGUUUGUUCCAUGGAGCUUACCUCUGAUGGAACAGCUGGGAGUCACCACACCCCCGACUGGUACUGUAACUACGUUGAGGUCACCACAACUGGGCCCCACAUCGAUUGUGCUCAACAGUUGUUCACCGUUGAACAGUGGCUUUCUCCCGACAAGCUUACUGUUUCUAAGGACAGCUGUAAUUACUCUAAUGGAAUUAAACCACGUCGUCAACUUCUUCUUCCUGUUGAAACGCUUCUUGCAGCUUCUUCCUCAGCGGCAGCUAAGCAGCUUCCUCUUGAUUCUAUCAUUCCUAGAUCUCAAUUUUAAUUAAUUUAAUUGUUGUGUAGUUAUUGAAUUAAUGUUGUUUGGGUCGGAAGUGGAUGUUUUAUUUGAUGAUGCAUUACUUUCCAUGGACUGAUGAUUGUAUACUUUCUUAUUUUUUGUGGAGUUUUGUAUGAUCGAUCACUUGAAUAAAUCAAUGCAUCAACGUAAUAAUAUUUUAUUUUA